CCUGAAGAUUAUUCAAACAAUAUUUACAUUUAUGUUGAACCGAAGCCAAGGGUUUGUUAAAAUCUUGCCCACCUAUUUCAAACUAUCGUUGCCAUAGAUUCUUCAUUUCUAGUAGACCCUUCCUGCGAGCAUGAUUCUGAGGGUGUACGUAAGCCUUAUUCCUGAGAAGCUCACUUGGCCUUGAUUCCUGAAAUUAAUUCUGGUGUAUGAAUAGAAGCUUCUCAAAUAAUGUUUGCCAGAGUCAAAAUAUAAUAGCGCAAUCUGAAAGCCACUCUUCAAAGUUGAAUUAGCUUAAUCUAACCAAACUGGGGACUUCAUAACUAAUGGGUAAGUUAAAAUUGAGCUUCCUUGUUUACAUUUGAGGCUUCUUGGACUCCAGAGCCUUAAUAAUUUCGAAGAUAUUCACUAAAUGGUGGGAAGCGCUUUCUAUCCACAUUUUCAGGUGGAAUAAUUGAGUUCGAAUCGAUAACAGUCAAGAGUUUGCUGAUAAUGGCCGAUGUGUUGACAUGCGAACUAGCUCUUUAUCUAAUUAAGAAGUUGUGUUUUAACGUUCCAGACGUAUCGAAAUGCUCAAAAGCAAUCUAACUUAUCAAAAUUUGAUAAUCAACAGAUGGAUCCUGAGCGACAAUGUUUGGAAUUAAAUAUUUGAACUUGCAAUAUCCAAUA